CCCACCAAGCCACCCAGGCGCUCUUACGUGGCACUGUCUUAUCUCCAUUUUACAGAGGGGAAGCUGAGGUUCAGAGAGUUUCAGUAACUUGCCCAAAGUCCCCCAGCCAGUAAAUGGCAGGCUUGGUAUUUGAACCCAGGCAAUCCGACCCAGCCUUUGCCUGAGGUCCCGGCCAUCAUCACUCUCAUUGAUUGUCAGUUCAGGCAGGGGUCAUUCUCCCUUUCUGCAGACGGGAAAACCGAGGCUGAAGAGGUGCAGAGCAGAGGCAGGUCUUGAAACCUUGUGGGGUGCCACUAGGGCCAGCUCUCCCCCCUUCCCCCACUGAUAUCAGACACCUCCUUGAGGUACUGCCAUCCCCAGGAAGUGCUGCAGGAGCUGGGGAGUGAAAGCAAGAAGUGUUCUGAGCCCAGAGACCAGAGGAAGCAAGAGGCUGCAGUGAAAGAAGAAGUGAAGUGAAGUGAGAGCGUGUUGUGUUGUGUGGGGGCAAGGAGAGCAGAGAGAAGGGGAGGUCUGAGAGCCUGUGCCGAGCACUGAGGGGAGCAGAGAGGAGGCGGCCGGCAGAGACAUCCAAGUUCCCUUUUGUUCUGUGGACCGGAGCUGGGAGCCCGUGGCAACAGGACAGCAGCAGCGGCUUCACAGAUAGAGGCUUACUCAUCCGUAGAACAACCCAACCAUCUUUGGGAGCCUGUGGCACACAGCACUGGACUUGGAGCCUGGGGCCCUGGGUUUGAGUCCUGGCUUGACCACGGGACUGCCGUCACCUCCCAGGCAAACUCCUGUGUGGUUUCCAGUUUCCGCACAGUCAACUGGAACCGUCUUGGACAUCAGGUUGGAAACUAGUUUUUGGAAGAGACUGGGAACAGGACAUGGAUGACCAUAGGGUCUUUUUCCUCUGCCUGUGCCUCAUGAUUGCUCACAGUGAUACAGUGGAGGAGUCCCAAGAACCCCUGAGCUGGAUGAAGACCCUGGAGAUGAUGUCCAGGAACCGCAAUGUGACUUCGCUUCGUGGGCUUAUCCGGGGCCUGGAGUGCAGCCUGUUGAACACCAGCUUCGGGGGCAAGAACCUUACCUUGCAGACGCACAGCAUCCAGACACUGGCCUUCAAGCUGGGCUGUGACUUCACUGGCCUCGCACUGAGCAGUGCGACUCUGGAGCGGGUCCCCCAGGCCUCGGUGCCGCACGCCAUGCAGUUCCCGGCAGCGCUGACCCAGAAUGCCUGCAGGACCCGCCCCAGGGAGCUGCGCCUCAUCUGCAUUUACUUCUUCACUGACUACUUUUUCCAGAGUAUCAACUCAUCUUUGCUCAAUAACUAUGUCCUGGGAGCCCAGCUGAGUCACGGACACGUGAACAACCUCAGUGAGCCGAUCAACAUCAGCUUCUGGCACAACCGAAGCCUGGAAGGCUACACAGCGACCUGUGUCUUUUGGAAGGAAGGAGCCAGCAAGGAUCACUGGGGGGUCUGGAGCCCCGAGGGCUGUCGCACAGAGCAGCCGUCACCUUCCCAGGUGCUCUGCCGCUGCAACCACCUCAGCUACUUCGCUGUUCUCAUGCAACUCUCCCCGGCCCCGAUCCCCGCAGAGCUGCUGGCGCCUCUUACGUACAUCUCCCUGGUGGGCUGCAGCAUCUCCGUCGUGGCCUCGCUUCUCACUAUCCUGCUGCAUUUCCAAGCCAGGAAGCAGGGUGACUCCACAACACACAUCCACAUGAACCUGCAUGCGUCUGUGCUGCUCCUGAACGUCGCCUUCCUGCUGAGUCCUGUGCUGGCCAGGGCCGGGGCAGCAUGCACAGCACUGGCGGCCAUCCUGCACUUUGCGCUGCUCAGCUGCCUCACCUGGAUGGCCAUCGAAGGCUUCAACCUCUACCUCCUCCUCGUGCGCGUCUACAACAUCUACAUCCGCCGAUAUAUGCUCAAGCUGUGUGCAGUGGGUUGGGGGGUCCCAGCCCUCCUGGUGCUGCUCCUUCUUGUUGACCAGAAUUCAGUGUAUGGACCUCACACAAUCCCACUCUUCGACAGCCGGGGAAAUGGCACGGGCUUCCAGAACCAUUCCAUAUGCUGGGUGCGGAGCCGCUGGGUGCACAACAUCUUGGUCAUGGGCUAUGGUGGCCUCACAUCCCUUUUCAACCUGGUGGUGCUGGCUUGGGCGCUGUGGGCCGUGCGCAGGCUGCGGGCGCAGGAGAAGGUGCCGGGCACCCGGGCCUGCCGAGAUAGCGUCACCGUGCUGGGCCUCACCAUGCUGCUGGGCACCACCUGGGCCUUGGCUUUCUUCUCCUUUGGUGUCUUCCUGCUGCCCCAGCUCUUCCUCUUCACCAUCUUCAACUCGCUGUACGGUUUUUUCCUCUUCCUGUGGUUCUGCUCCCAGAGGUGCCGCUCAGAGGCAGAAGUGGAGGCAGAGAUGGAGGCGUUCAGCUCCUCCCAGACGAUGCCGUAGUCUGGGCCCGCUGGCCCAGAACCCGUAGCCUCUCUGGCUGCCUGCAGCCCGAGACUCUGGCUCCCACCAGAGAAGGUGGCAGGUCAGCUGCUGGACACCAGAAGCCCCUGUGCCCUCCAGGGAGGCUUCCCUACCUCCAUGGCUUCCCCGGGCCCAGAGGGCAGGGCAUUCUGCCCCGGGACAGGUGCAACCCCGCUGGGGGUCAGCAAACUUUACUGGGGUGCCUGGGCCUAGGGUACCUGGUCAGGCCCAUGGGUAGAGCACUGGCUUGGGAGUCAGGAGGCCAUAUUUCGAGGCUUGGCUCCGAGUCUUACCGUAUGACCUUGGGCCUGUCAUCUCCCUGACCCUGGUUUCCACAUCUGUGACAUGGGGCAGAUGGCUUCGGUCCUGCCUAGCCCAAGAGCUUUGUGAAGACUGAGUAAAACCAGGGCAGAAGGUCUUAGUGGGCCCCGUUACUUCCAACUGCCUGCUGGGGGCGGGGUCUCUGCCAAUCUGCCCUGGAUAUUUCCUGCUGGGCCCUGCCACCUUCCUUCUGGGGAGGGCCAGACCACAUCUUGGCCCAGGGUCCCCAGCCCAGAGCUGAGUCACACCCAGUGUCUGAGACCUCACCAGCUUAUGCCUGAGGCUGCUUUUCCUUCAGUCCCCCCAAAUUAUGAUGACCCACAACUCCAGGCCUGUUCUUAAAGAUCAGGAAGUCCAGUCCUUCCCAGAAGCUCCUCCUCCAGUGCUCCCAAGACCCCUAUAGGCCAUGUAGAACAGAAGCUGGCGAUAGGGCUUCCUGGGGAUAGGAGGGCAGAGUCUCUUUCCCCUCCACCUGAGCCAGCUGGGCCUGUGACCUGGGUAUUUGAUGAUCGGUUAGGAUCGAAUUUCCCCUGGUAGGAGUGAGGGUAUGGAUUCUAAACCCAAGCUAAGGCCACAGUUGUAGAGACCUACCUUGACCUAUCUGUCAGACCAAGAGGGAGAGGGCUCACGAAGCCAGCUGCAUUCCCAGGAUGUACACCAGAGGGCACUGUUGGCCUGUGCUCAGAGGCCGUUGGCUCCAAAAUCCAUCUGGAAAUGUCACCUGUCUGUGGACUUGACACACACGAGCUGCAGAGGUCCUGCUUCCAGAACUGCUCCUGCUGAGGGACCAAAGAAAGAGUUCUCACACCGUUUACAUGGCCAUUUCUCUCUUUUCCCAACGCAGCUGCCGGUUCUGGCUCUUCUGGGCAUAUCCGGCGCUAAAGCCGUGACCUGGGGUAGGCUCUCAGGGCGCCGCCCCAGGCCGUCAGACAGGUAAUAAUGGCUGUGGAGGGCGCGGCGAGGGAACUGGAGCUGGAUCCCUUUUCUCCUGGGGGGAUCUUCUGCCCUCUGCUCAUUUCUUGAUGCAAAUAGCCCUUCUCUGGGUGGUGAGUACUGUGGUCUCUAGAGCCAGACUGCCUGGGCUCAGAUGGCUCUGCCACUUGCCAGCUAUGUGACAAGCCGCUCAAGUUCUCUGUGCCUCAGUUUUCUAAUCUGUAAAAUAGAGGUAGUAGUAGGGGUGCCUAUUUUGAAGAUGAAAAAAAAAACCCAUAUAAAGAGGCUUAGCGCGUAGUAAGUGCUCAAUAAACGGUUAUCAUUGUUAUCAUUAGUGUUUUUGCUAUUAUUAUUAACAGAGUCAACUGAGAGGGCACGCCAUCACUAGGCACAACCUGCUGUCCCUCAGCUUCAUCACCUCCUCCC